AGUGGGACUCGAACGCACGCAGACACACAGACAGAGUCUCUCUUCCCUCUCUCUUACUUGAAACCAAAAUGCACUCUGCAGCCUCUUUCUCUCCAGGCCCUCAAGCUCAAAUAUACAGCACCUCUUGGAAAAGACCCCCCAAAAUCAACACCAAGGCCCACAAAAGCCUUCACUUCCUCUUCAGCUCAAAUUCCAACACUCUCUUCAGACCUUCGCUCUCUUCCACUCCUUUCCCACUCAACCUCAAAUCUACUUCACACCCAAUUCAGCUCCACCCCUUAGCAGACUCAGUCCAUGACAAUCUCGUCGAAAACCUUGAGAAUUCCGUGAAUUCCCACAUACCCAUCAAUGAAAUCCGCAAAGUUACGCCCUUAGAAUCGUUCCCAAGAAUCUUCAUCCAAGACCCACCUUGGAUUGCCUCACUGUUCUUGAAGGGUCUGUACAAAAAGAGCAACCAAGAAGUGAGAUUGGAGUUCAAGGAAAUGGAGAAGAGGAAGUAUAAUUUGCUAAGGAGGAGGCAGAUUAAGGCGGAGACUGAGGCGUGGGAAAGAAUGGUGGAGGAGUAUAGGGAGUUACAGAGGGAGAUGUGUGAGAAGAAGUUGGCUCCCAAUUUGCCGUAUGUGAAGGCAUUGUUUUUGGGGUGGUUUGAGCCGUUGAGGGAUGCGAUAGAGAGAGAGCAGAAGGUGCAGCGGACGAAGAAGCAGAAGGCGGCGUUUGCGCCUCACAUAGAUUUGUUGCCACCGGAUAAGAUGGCGGUUAUUGUUAUGCAUAAGAUGAUGGGGUUGUUUAUGGUGGGAAAUCAGGAGGGGUAUGUUCAGGUUGUUCAGGCUGCAGUGCAGGUUGGUGUGGCUAUAGAGCAAGAGGUUAGAAUUCAUAGUUUCUUGGAGAAAACUAAGAAUUACCAGAGCAAGAAGAUUUUAGCUGAUACAGAAGAGGGUCUGCGCAAGGAGAAGGAGAUACUUAGGAAACGUGUAAAUAGUUUAAUUAGAACGAGAAGAUUGAAGGACGUGCAAAAGCUAUUGAAGAAUGAAGAAUUUGAGGCUUGGGGUCGAGAUACCCAGGCUAAGCUGGGAAGCCGCUUGAUAGAAUUAUUAACUGAAACGGCUUAUGUGCAACCUCCACUAAACCAGUCACCGGAUGGUCCACCUGAUGUUCGACCUGCAUUCAGGCAUACAUUUAAACCUGUAACAAAUCCAGGGCAGAAAAUUGUGAAGAAAUAUGGAGUUAUAGAAUGUGAUCCUCUAGUCCUUAUGGGGCUUGAUAAAACUGCUAAGCAUAUGUUGAUUCCUUAUGUGCCCAUGUUGGUACCUCCAAAAAAGUGGAAAGGGUAUGACAAGGGUGGACACUUGUUCCUACCUUCUUAUGUCAUGCGUACUCAUGGAUCCAGGAAGCAGCAGGAUGCAGUUAAGAUUGUUCCUGCGAAACAGAUGCAAAAGGUUUUUGAGGCCCUGGAUAUGCUUGGCAACACCAAAUGGAGAGUAAAUAGAAGAGUUCUUAACAUAGUCGAAUGCAUUUGGGCUAGAGGAGGCAAUAUUGCUGGCUUAGUCAAUCGUGAAGAUGUUCCUAUACCAGAGAAACCAUCCUCAGAGGAUUUAACAGAAAUUCAGGAAUGGAAAUGGAAUUUGAGAAAGGCAAAGAAGAUUAAUCGGGAGAGGCAUUCUCAACGAUGUGAUACUGAACUUAAGCUUUCUGUGGCUCAAAAAAUGAGAGAUGAGGAAGGCUUUUAUUAUCCCCAUAAUCUUGAUUUCCGUGGCCGAGCAUAUCCAAUGCACCCACAUUUGAAUCAUUUGAGUUCUGAUCUAUGUCGAGGAAUACUUGAGUUUGCCGAAGGGCGACCAUUAGGGAAGUCUGGCUUACACUGGCUGAAGAUACAUUUAGCGAAUCUGUAUUCAGGCGGUGUUGAGAAGCUUUCACAUGAUGGACGUCUAGCAUUUGUUGAUAAUCAUCUUCGUGAUAUAUUUGAUUCAGCAGACAACCCUAUUAAUGGAAACCGGUGGUGGUUAACAGCAGAAGAUCCUUUUCAGUUCUUAGCUGCUUGUAUUAAUCUUUCAGAAGCCUUAAGAAGCUCAUCACCGCUUACCAUCAUCUCACACUUGCCAAUUCAUCAGGAUGGUUCAUGCAAUGGUUUACAGCACUAUGCAGCAUUGGGAAGAGACAGUAUGGAAGCAGCUGCAGUCAACUUAAUUGCUGGAGACAAACCUGCUGAUGUUUACUCAGAAAUUGCUGUGAGGGUUCAUGAUAUUAUGAAAAGGGACAGCAACAAGGACCCAGCUACAAAUCCACAUGCUGUAUUAGCAAAGAUCUUAAUUGAUCAGGUCGAUCGGAAAUUGGUGAAACAGACUGUGAUGACUUCAGUAUAUGGUGUUACUUAUGUUGGGGCACGGGAGCAGAUAAAAAGAAGAUUAGAGGAGAAGGGUCUCAUUACUGAUGACAGAUUGCUGUUUACUGCAGCUUGCUAUGCUGCUAAAGUAACUUUGGCUGCCCUUGGCGAGAUAUUCCAAGCUGCACGGGGCAUAAUGGGUUGGCUUGGUGAUUGUGCCAAGGUAAUUGCUUCCGAAAAUCAACCUGUGCGUUGGACCACUCCUCUUGGUCUUCCAGUUGUACAACCCUACUGUAGAAGUGAAAGGCAUCUUAUAAGAACGUCUCUUCAGGUUUUGGCUUUGCAGCGGGAGGGUAAAUCGGUAGAUGUUAGAAAACAGAGAACUGCAUUUCCGCCAAAUUUUGUCCAUUCACUUGAUGGUACACACAUGAUGAUGACUGCUAUUGCCUGCAGGGAUGCUGGCUUACGUUUUGCAGGGGUGCAUGACUCCUUCUGGACUCAUGCGUGUGACAUGGAAAAAAUGAAUCAGAUACUUCGAGAAAAAUUUGUGGAGCUUUAUAGCGAGCCAAUCCUUGAAAAUUUGCUCGAGAGUUUCCAGACAUCACAUCCAUCGUUAGUGUUUCCUCCCCUCCCAGCGAGAGGUGACUUUGACUUGCAAAAGGUUCUUGAAUCUCCAUACUUUUUCAACUGAUACUGCAAGACUGACAAAUCAUGACCAUAUUUAUACUUCUUCUGAUGCAAAAAGCAUCAUUGAGUUCUCUGGGAAAGUUCAUCCCAAAUUGAACGGGAAGUUGGAGAAGGAAAAAGUUGCCUGUGGUUGCUUCUGUAAAGGCUGACAAGGACAAAAAUUGGAUGUGCAUGUUCCGGCAAGUCCUGCUGGGACUCUAUCUUGAUAUGGUGAUUAAGAUUGCACAACAGGCUGGUUGUGGAUUGGAGGCUAAUAUGGUUCAGCUUGAUCAUGAAUACAGGAAAGGGAAAUCUCCCAUCCACUGAAAUUUGCCUUGUUGAAAAUUUGCAUAUUACUUCAGUUGAUUUUUUCAAGGGGAAGACAUAGAGAAAGAUGUAAAUACUGCAGCAAGCAUUUCUAUGAGCAAAUUGGAAGAGGUCAUCCUAAUGGCGCAAGAUCAAGUAAAUUCUUUUUUUUUUUCCCAUGUGUUUUCAUGUAUAUACAUUUUGUAUCAGAAUAGAAAGAGAAUGCCAGAAUGGCGUUGAAAGGCAGGAAGAGAUUUACUGUGCAUGUAUAUGCCGAAAAGGCAAACUCAAUUAAUUAUAUCUUUGGGCCAGAAAAUUAAGUUGGAAGGAAUUCAUUUUUUACACUCCA